CAGAAACUAUCUGAUGAAAAUAUGGCAUUUAGAGCUUUAAUACAGAAAAUUUAAAUAAGCAACCCUAUAAUCGAGUUUAAGAAAACUAACUAGGGUAACCAACAGUUAAUGAUGCGGGUAUUUAGAAAACUUGCACAGUCUCCUCAAGUUUAUUUAGAGGAACUAUUAAGGUUUCCUAUCUUCAUUGAAACCAGCCCCGAAACUAUCUGAUAAAAAUUUCAUCAUAUCGAGAAUAAAUGUAAAGAACGGCAAGUUUACUAACUAAGCUAAGGCUAGAAAGGAGCCCAAAAGACUUACUAAGUCUGCUCAAGCUCAAUGAAAAUAAAUUCGAUAGUACUUCUAUCCGAUAAAAAUUAUGCUCCAUAUCGAGCUCAAACAAAAUAAAGUGAUAUAAAUUAAAAGUAAAUCAGAAAUUAAAUUAGUGCCUUGAUAUUUCAAAAAUGAUCUUUCAUAAAAAAGGUGAGCAAAUCAAAGUAGUAGAUAAAAAGAUGAAGACUUUAGCUUAACCGUACUAUGAAAUCCAUGGAAAUUUAUCUCUAUAUAAAGAGAAUUUUAAAUACUACGUAUUAGUGGUGCUAAUGCAAUUCCUAUCCUUAUUCGUCUGAAUACUUCGGUAUCCAUAUUAUACUUGUAUUCUAAAUGUCCUGCCAUUGAUACAACUGAACAGCAGGCUGGCAGGCUUGCUGUCAUUUACAUUUUAGAAUAACUUUGGACUCAGGUUAAAGGAAAAUUUAUUAAAAAUUCGCAUAAUUAAAAUAAUUAGUUUCCAACACUGCAAUAUGUGCAGUAAGAAACCAAAGACAUGCAAGCCCCCACCAUGCUGUUUGCAGUGCCCGCCACCCUGUUGCUCCAAUUGUCCACCGCCGUGCAAAUAUAAGCCUGUGUCCUAUUGCAUCUUUGAUCUGGAGAGUGCUGUAUUUGAUGAGCGCAAUGUCUAUCAGCGUGCCUGUCGCGAAGUAGCCCAGGAGUACGAUUGCACUGUGCCCGAUGCUGUUCUCAUGCAGAGCGGUCCCAUGCUGAUAGGUGAGAUGGCCGAGCUGGUGUGCCGUAAGUGUAAUAUACCCGUUCCCUGGGAGCAGUUCCUCCUGCGGGUGAACGAGCGUGCCAUUGAGCUGAUCAGCAAUCCACCGUUUAUGGCGGGUGUCGAGCGACUGGUGCGCCAUUUGGAUAAGCACUGCAUUGGCCUAGCCCUGGUUACCUCCUGCACUGAGAAGUUGUACAAGGGCAAGAUACAAGGACAUGAAGAGUUCUUUGAGCUCUUUUGUCAUGUCAUGCAUAUCGAUGAUCCCGAAUUGAAUCAACCCAAGCCCGCACCGGACAUAUAUCUGCUGGCCAUGUCACGUUUCUGUGGCGAUCCCAGUGCCGGCUGUGUUCUGGUCUUCGAUGGCAAGCCGAAGGGUAUUCAGGCGGCUCGGGAUGCACGAAUGCAGUCGGUCAUGCUACCAGUAUCGAACCUACCCUGUUGCUGGUCAGAGCUGGCCACCUUGCGUCUGGACACAUUGGAGCAAUUCGUACCGGAGGAGUUUGGCUUGCCACCCUAUGGGACUGAGCAGCGAAGGCGCUCUAGUCACAUGCGAGCUUCAAGAAUGCUCUCGAUAAGUUAGAAAAUCGGAGCUAUUGCCCUACUCCGUGUGCUAUUAUUGGAUGCAUUUAGCAAUAGUAAUACAUUGCGAAUGUCGUAUGUGGUUUGCUUGAAUAAUAGAUUUAUCGCCCAGACAGCUAUAUCGACGUGUAUAUGCAAAUUGCAAACUUUAGUUUAGCAGAUAAUUUGCAAAAUUGCCGCCUGACCGCAACAAUGAAUCGAUAAAUAGAAAUAAAU